AUGGAAAGAAUAAAUCAGAGAUCAAUUUUUGCGGCAGAAGUUGCUAGAAUUGCUGAUUCAAAUUUGUUUUUUUUAGACGAAACCGGAUUCAAUAAACAUGCAGUGCGCUCAUAUGGCUAUUCUCCAAAAGAUACAAAAGCGUACUUGACAGUUCCUGCAAAUAAAGGACAGAAUGUUAGCCUCAUGUGCUUAAUUUCCAAUUUAGGAGUUGAAUGUUACCAAUACAAAAGCGGCGCAUACAAUACACAAUCAUUUAUUGAUUUCAUCAACAACAAACUAUUACCAUUCUUUGCAGUAAAUCCAAAUAAAAUUCUUAUCCUAGAUAAUGCAAAGUUUCACAAAGCAGCUGCAGUAUUUCAAUUACUAAGGGAAAAAAAUAUUACUCACAAGUUUUUAGUACCAUACUCCCCUGAAUUAAACCCAAUCGAAGAGUUGUUUUCAAUGUUAAAAUCAAUUUUCAAAUCCACGAGAAGUGCUAAUCCCGAUAUGACUGUUGAAGAAACUCUAGAAUAUAUUUUAUCACCUGAUAAUAAUUAUAGUCAACAGUGCAAUGCCUUUUAUAUAAAUAUGAGAAGAUGGUUGGAAAAGGCAAUAAGAAGAGAAGAGUUUAUCUAA